AGACCUGUCGCUCGGACGAGGAAUAGACGGGUACCCAAGACUGCAGAGUUGCGCGUGUGCCUUCCCAGGUCCUGGCAGCACCAUCCGGCGAGGGGGCGAGGACGCUGGCCGAGUGUUUUAUGACUGCAAGGAACACUGGAUGUGUUUAUUUUGAUUUCUUCUUCACUGGAUAUACAUGCCCAUGAUAUUGAGCGCAGGAAAGCGGCACGCCGGUGAACGAGCACAACGUUAUCGAUGGGGAAAAUAAGUUGAAGGCUUCGGAAGAAUGUUCUCCUUGUUUCAGGAAAACGGAUUGAUCUGUUGAUCAGCGUGAUGAGUGUUUCGAGGGGAUUUUGACAUUUGGAGCGGAUCUGGAGCCAUCCACCUACAGCCUCGGGCUCGAGCGCAACUGAAAGUGGCAACAGAGCGCCAUACUGCAAAACAAGCUUCCCGGAUCGAUACAGUGUAGCAGUCUUUUCGCACGGGGGACUUGCGCGUUUUCAUAUAAAUGUAAACAAGUAAGCUGGCGAGCAAGUACCAAGUCAGCAGCGGUGGCCUGAUUGAGAUCCACGCAACUUCUGCAAACUGCAUGCAGCCCUGGCGGUGGAAACAGGGCUGGAUGAGCCCAAAAUGGCAAAUAUGAAGAAAUCUAAAAGAUGAAUGUUGCAUUUCCCCCGUAACUUGUACUAUCCACCUAAUUUCCCUUUCUAUACAAGCCCGAGUUUCGAGCGAAGCAAGGUGCUCCUCAUGCCUCCAACAUGAGGGAGAUUUAAGGCCGCGCGGAAUUGAUUUAUUAUGGGGGGAGCUCAUUAUUUUGAUUUCAUUCCUCUCUCCUUUUUUACUUUUCUUUUGUUUACACUCCUCGAGGGCUUUCUCGGAUGUCCGCGGUUGUCGUUUUGCUAGUCUGGAACGUGUAACGCGAAAGAUCCUCUGAAGUAGGUCAGAUCAAACCUGGAGAGUUGUUAGUAUGACACCUUUUCACGCUCAUCUCGAUGUAUGCCGGACAUUUCUGCUUUGAUUUGACCCUUCGUUUGGCUCGAUGACAGCCAAAUGAGAGUUUGACAUCUUGGCAGCCUCACUCUCCAUCUCGUUCGCCUCUUUGUUUUGUUUUCCACCUCUCAUCUCGGGCUGUUGAGUGAGUGAAUGGCUCUGUGCGGAACGACGGCUUCCAAUGCCGCGAAAAUGAUGGCUGCGUACAACGGCGGCACCGCGGCAGUGGCGGCGCAUCACCCGCACCAUCACCAUCAGCUGCCCCAUCUCCCGCCACCCGCCCACCUCCAUCACCAUCACCACCCGGGCCAGCAUCACCUCCAGCACCCCGGCUCGGCCGCGGCCGUGCACCCCGUACAGCAGCACGCCUCCACGGCCGCGGCCGCUGCUGCUGCCGCCGCGGCAGCGGUGAUGCUGAACCCGAGCCAGCAGCAGCCGUACUUCCCCUCGCCUGCUCCUGGACAAGCUCCGGGGCCGGCGGCCGCUGCAGCCCCAGCGCAAGUUCAAGCCGCCGCCGCGGCCGCCGUGAAGGCGCAUCAUCACCACCACCACCAGCACUCGCAUCACUUACCACAGCAGCUGGACAUAGAGCCGGACAGACCGAUCGGAUACGGAGCUUUCGGUGUGGUUUGGUCAGUGACAGACCCCAGAGAUGGCAAACGCGUGGCCCUCAAAAAGAUGCCCAAUGUCUUCCAAAACCUUGUGUCCUGCAAGAGGGUUUUCCGCGAGCUGAAGAUGCUUUGUUUCUUCAAGCACGACAAUGUGCUGUCAGCUCUGGAUAUUCUGCAGCCUCCACACAUCGACUACUUUGAGGAAAUUUAUGUGGUGACGGAGUUGAUGCAGAGUGACCUCCAUAAGAUCAUCGUGUCUCCACAGCCCCUGAGCUCUGACCACGUCAAAGUCUUUCUCUACCAGAUCCUCCGAGGAUUGAAGUAUCUACACUCAGCUGGCAUUUUGCACAGAGACAUUAAACCCGGUAACUUGUUGGUCAACAGCAAUUGUGUGCUUAAGAUUUGUGACUUUGGUCUGGCAAGAGUGGAGGAGCUGGACGAGUCACGUCACAUGACCCAGGAGGUGGUGACGCAGUACUACAGAGCGCCAGAGAUCCUGAUGGGGAGCAGGCACUAUUCCAACGCCAUCGACAUCUGGUCUGUGGGUUGCAUCUUUGCCGAGCUGCUUGGCCGACGCAUCCUCUUCCAGGCCCAGAGUCCCAUCCAACAGCUGGACUUGAUCACAGAUCUGCUGGGGACUCCGUCUCUGGAGGCCAUGAGGACGGCAUGUGAGGGGGCCAGAGCUCACAUCUUGAGAGGACCACAUAAACAGCCCUCACUUCCUGUCCUGUACACCCUGUCCAGUCAAGCAACCCAUGAGGCCGUUCACCUCCUCUGCAGGAUGUUGGUCUUUGACCCAUCAAAAAGGAUCUCUGCAAAGGACGCCCUGGCGCACCCGUAUCUGGACGAGGGGCGUCUGCGGUACCACACCUGCAUGUGCAAAUGCUGCUACACCACUUCCUCUGGCCGCGUCUAUACCAGUGACUUUGAGCCUGUCACCAAUCCCAAGUUUGACGAUGGCUUUGAGAAGAACCUGACGUCAGUUCGGCAGGUCAAAGAGAUCAUUCAUCAGUUCAUCCUGGAGCAGCAGAAGGGGAAUCGGGUACCGCUCUGUAUCAACCCCCAAUCAGCUGCCUUCAAAAGCUUUAUCAGCUCAACAGUAGCUCAGCCCUCUGAGAUGCCUCCAUCUCCUCUUGUUUGGGAGUAGCUGAGGACGGCGGAGAAGAUGGUGUUGAUAAACAGUGGUGGUGGACGUCCCUCUGGCAGCCCGUCCCGCGUCCACCCCUGGACUACUGACCCCCAGGCAUCCCCAAACCUGCGUAGCAUUUCACUGGAGUCUAGGACUAGCCAUGUCGCUGAUGUGUGUGUGUAUUGUAAUAGUUACUAAAUGGAGUUUUAUAGAAGCAACCACUGCUGAUGAGUUCAAGCGGGACACGGGACGGGUGGGCAUGGUCACGGGGGGACUGUUCGUGCAUACCCACUGCUCUGUAGUAGUAUACUAAAGGUUCGUGAAGGGUACGAACCUGUACUUUCGGCAGACGAAGUCGGCCUCUGUGGACUUGGAAUGUAUUUUGAACAGCAGGGCGGCAGAGUCUGUGCAGUAUAUCUGAAGGAAAACUCAUCACGACUGUGUGCGAGUAAUCAUGCUUUAUUUAUUCAUGGAAACAGGAAGUGCAGUGCUUCAUGUAGUGUGGAAAGAAGGCAAGUUUCUCUGAAUCGGUCUUUCACUCGCGCUACAACCACGGUGGAAAAACGCUAUCCUCAUUAGUAGCCUAUUCAUUAGGCCCCACCCUUGUGAGAGGUGCGGUCACAGUAACCGCUGCUCAGAAUUUCGAGGGCGAAAUCCAGUUGUUUCAGGAAUCUGCGCGUUUUGAAAAUUCCUGAUGCAGAACUAGUUGGACAUGUAAAUUUGUCGCGCCGACAGAAAGCUGCUUCAUACAUAAAUACGCUAUUGGUGGUGAGUUUCUUUUUUAAAAUGGGCAGCAAAACUGAAAUAUUGCUAGAGUGACGACUCGUUUGGCUGUAGUGAGCUGCUCAUUGCGUUUAUUGCCUUCAACGGCGGUGUGAUUUUUUUUUUACGACUUCCAUUUUUGCUGUCAUCUGCACUCUUCCUUACUUUCUCUAUCGAUCUUUGUUCGUAUCUCGCUUUCCGUUUCCUAUUCAACUCUUCAAAUCAGUAUUCCUUAGCGCAGCACUUGGCAGAGAUACUGAUUCGUAGGCUUCUCUUAGUACUCCUGAAUGUGGAUGUGUUGUGUCAGUAUUUAGUACUUCGGAUUGGUGACUGAAUGGCACAACGAUUCAAAAGGAUCCAAAGCAUGCAAGAUUGGCCACAGGGAAAAUGCUCAUACUGAUAGGGUUUAUUUGAAGCGAAGGAGACUUUGUGAGCGUUUCCAGAAAUCUUGCAGGUGCUUGUCUCCUACCGAGACUGAAAACCCAACUAGCAUGUAGCGAAAUGAUAUGGGGAGGUCUGUGUUUUCAGAUGACCUUUGAACACUGCUCUCCAUGAUGGAGUAUCUAGAAUAGCAUGCAAACCAAAUUAAAGGCUAAAAACUAAAAAAAAAUAAAGCAAAUAAAUAAAUAAUGGAUUGAACUGUUGGUAAACCAAACCAUUCCAUAAUUGCAAUGGUAUAUUUCCGAACUUUGUCUAGUGAGGAACGCCAUUGUGAGUGCAUGUAUGGACCCCGUGCAUGCUUCUAACUGACUGUGGCAUCACAAUAGUGAUCCUGUAGAUGUCAGUUCAGUGUCGUCUACUUUGACCCCCCUCAAAAGCACCUUUUCUGUUAAAAGACUCCUGGAUCUGAUGGAUCUGAAAAGGGUGCCUGGGAAAUGGUGAAUAUUGUGGGUCUGGAAAGACAUUGGGAGUAGUUUUCACUCACUCUACCAUGCUUAAACUUCCCAUUUCUGCACUCUCUCUCAGACUAAAAGAAAACAAAUAGAAAAUAUUUAAUAUAUUUUUAGAGAAUUAUUUUUAUUUCUUCCUCAAUGUGCUAUGGCAUGCUUUCCCAUGAUCCACUGAGUAAGGUAUGUAAAUAAGCGAUUAGCUGGUAGAUUUCAAUAGAAACGAAAAAUCUACAAAAAAAAUAAAUAAAUGAUGUAUUAAAAAAAAAAAUCGCCAAACAACAAACAGUAAUACUGCUGUAUAGAAGUUGAAUUAGCCUGCACAUUUUUAGGGCUGUGAAAUUUUAUUUUAUUUUUGAGACUUAAGACUUAUAAAUGUACAUAUUUUUCCCCCCUCUCUUUUUCUCUUCUUAUUUUCCCCUGCACUAGAAAGUGUAGACAAAGAAAUGAUCCAAAUCAGUAUAAGUACAAAAACAAACAAAAAACACAUAAACAAUUAUGUUAAUUGUGUCUUGUGUGCUGCAGAGCUUUGGAUAUGAGUAUUGAAGUAGAGCCCUUUUUUAAUUAUUAUUAUUAUUAUUAUUAUUAAUAUUAUUAUUAAUUUCCUUUAAAGAAACACUGAACUGUUUGUGUAUAUGUAUAUAAUGGAUUCACAUUGUGGGUCUCUACCUCUCGAGCUCAAUGACUUGGUUGUUUACCUCCACGCUUUUAUUUUUAUGUGGAGAUUUAAAACUUGAAUGUCCCUUCCGACUUUUAUAUUCCUAUCAAACCCUGUAUAAAGAAAUCAAAGUCAUUAAAGUUGCGAUUGGUUGGAGGUGGUUCCCAUCAUCACAUCCUUGUACAGAGUACCAUGUUCUCACCCCAGUGUUCUCUGACUGUUAGAUCACACAGCAUACCCACGAUGAUUAACACGGUAUCCUUCACCGAGAGCGUCGGAUGAGAUAAACAUACAUAUGUUAGGGCAUAAGAAGCGGACGUACCUAAGAGAACAUGCGGAUUCAACCGGAGCCUGUGAGAAGAGACUAACACGCAACCUCGAUUGGGCCAAACGGGGAAGGUACUGCACUUGCUGUCAAGUUUUUAAUAAGGAAGCUUGAAGUUUAUACUUCGAGUUAAUGGUAUUUGACAUAUAUGACUAUAUUGUAAAAUGUAAAAUUUGCAUUCGCUGCCCUGAAAGCAGAGGGGGUGAUUCUUAGGGACCGGAAGGACUCUGUGGAUGUGUUCUGUGUUUUGAAAAAUCACCGGUCUCUUUUCAGAGUGUAGAUUUGAAGUACAGUGGUGAAGCUCAUUAAAUGUUGACAUUUAAAAAAA